UUUAAAUAAAAAAAAAAAUCAGCGUCUAUAAAACGAGUCUCCUUCCUCAUAUCUCCAUCGUCCGAUCUUUCAGAUAUCUCCAAUCCCAUCGCCCAAUCUCCUUUCCCUACGUGCUCUCUUUCUAGUUUCUACAGCGCGCCAAAUACAAAUCUUACUUUUUCCUCUUCAAUCCUGCCUCGAAGGGUUUCGGGAUGGCCGACAGUCCUGGCGGGAGUUACGAGACCGGCGGUGACCGGAGCCCACCGUCGAGCGUGCGCGAGCAGGAUCGCUUCCUCCCGAUUGCAAAUAUUGGCCGCAUCAUGAAGAAGGCUCUGCCCGCCAACGGGAAGAUUUCCAAGGACGCCAAGGACACCGUUCAGGAAUGUGUAUCGGAGUUUAUCAGCUUCAUCACCAGCGAAGCAAGCGAUAGGUGCCUAAAAGAGAGAAGGAAGACAAUUAAUGGGGAUGAUUUGUUGUGGGCAAUGGCUACCUUAGGUUUUGAAGAUUAUAUAGCCCCGCUGAAAGUCUAUUUGGCCAGAUACAGAGAGGGUGAAACCAAGGUCCCUUCGAGGAGUGCUGAUGGAUCUUCAAAGAAUGAUACAAAUGGGACUCAGCUGGGUUCUGAUGCACAAUUUGCUCAUCAAGCUUCAUUUUCACAAGGUUUCAGCUUCUCGAACCCCCAGAUUGAAUACUGAAAAUGUGCUAGGUCAUGCUGUGUUUGUCUAUAUUGGAGAUUCUCGACAUAUCCAGAAGUUUACUUUUUAGCUGCUGCACCAGGAUAGCCAAUAUUCUGACUAGGAAAAUAUCAACUCUGAUAAGAUGAUGGGGUCUAUUACCUGAGAGCCCAUGCUCGAGAUUUUCUAUUUGAGUCAUGUUAGCAAGAAGACUGAAAAACGGCUGUUCAUUUGGAUCUUUUAGGUUACCAUUUGCAAACUUCAUUAGAUAUAGGUAUACAGCUUCAAGGCUCUGUAAUCUUGUUUUACAACUAAUUUUUGUUACAAGUAGAAUGAACAACAGAGAGCAAUGAGUUUGGGGCUUCAACCGAGCUGCUCGUUAGCACACGAGUCAAAGAUUGACUCGACUUCUGCCAAACUCGAGCUACUCAGAGCCACCUUUUGCAAGUUUGAGUGCUCAACGAGCAUCUCAAACAUGUCUAUUUAUCUAAAUAUCCAUAUAUAUAUGUAUAUAUAUAUUGUAGUACUCCCAAUCGUAUUCAGUGUUGAAAACCAAUUCAUAAUUGAGCCAAGCUCGAGCAGUGUUGAGCUUGUAGUUGAUCUCGAGCACGCUUACUUUUUUUUGUCAUGCUUGAACACCGACAUAAAAAAGAUUUUUUCACAAUUAUUCCAUAUAAAGGUAUUCGAUUUGAUUCAACCAUUGUGUAUAGAUAGUUU